AUGUUUUUUUUAUUUAAACAAUUUAGCAAGCGAAACGUCGAGGAAAUCCCGUGUCUCAUUCUAUGUAGUGAAUACAAUUUGAAAAAGUUCCUUCAUGAAAUCCUGACCACAAUUUUGUUUCAAACAACUCUUCUUAUACCAGGUUUAAAAUUACCAAAACCACAGCCACUUAAUGAAGUUAUACGGUGGUUAGCUGUAGCAGACAUCCUUAUGGCACUUGGAUUCUUUACCAGAUCUAUUGUCUGGCUUCUGGGGCAAACACCUUACCCCCAAAUCCCCAAAGUGAGUGUCAAACAUGAAGUUUGCGUUGCUGUUACUGUAUGGAUUGAGUUCUGCUGCAUUAGUACUUAUAUGUGGAAUUUUACAUAUGGUUUAGAUGUCUUUUUGGUAACACAUAACAAGUCCAGAUUAAAAUUUCUCUGGCCAGUGCUAAACUGGAUAAUUCCUGGUCUGCUCACGGGUGUUGGUGCUUUUUAUAUCUACUAUCCUUCACUCAGUCAGUGUGGAGGACCCAAUAUGAAAGAAGUUGUUAAUUAUGUUGCUUACUUCUUUCCAAUGUCCCUUGUUAUUGUCUUCAAAUCUAUUGUCAUCAGGCAACAUGGUCGUUAUUCUGGAGCUGAACAGACAUUAGUUCAGAAUGCAAAAAGAAAAUUUUAUCUUAUUAUGACAGUAUUUAUUGCUUGUUGGUUCCCUAAUGUAAUUAACGCAAUAUUAGAUGCCUUCCAGUUCACCAAUAGUUUAGGAAAAGCAAUGUGGGCCAUGUGGGUUUUGAAGACCAAGAGACCAACCAUACAACAGGAGACCAAGAAUCCAAUUAUCCACAGAAUGAUAGAGAUUUGA